AUGGAGCCCUAUACCCCCAAGAACCACCAUCACACUAUGCUCAUCGAGCCCGCGUCGUCGUCUUCCUCUAGACACCGAUCGCACUCUCGCCAUCCCCGCAACUAUGACCUUUCCGAGAAGCGGCUGACCAGGACCGUCUCCCGCACCCGAUCCAUCUCGGUGCACGGUCGUCAUCGUCGUCGGUCGUCGCCGGUGCGCAUUCGCCAUGAUAUGGAAUCCGAUCACGUUAACGCCGGGCCGCUCGCCAUUAUGAUCCGGCCUUGCGACAGCGACGAGGAUCUUCGCGAAUACAUGCCUCUGGAGCGACGGAGUCGGAGUCGGGGAGAAGUUAUCCGAGACACGGAAUUCAUCAAUGGCGACGGCGACCGCGAGGAGAUCACCGAGGUGAAGAGGGACCGCAAGGGCCCCAACUCCCGUAUCGUCCGUGCCAUGAUGGCUACUCUGACUUAG